AUGGCGAUGCUGAUGAUGGGCUUGACUGUGCAGUGCGUGCUUGAUUUCAUGGUGGCUGGAAUUUCCCUAAUGAUUGGGCUCGGCCUGUUCGCUUUCAUCGCCUCUCUUCUGUGCUCUGCAGCUUUCUACCAGAACUUUCAAGAUGAUGGGGAUAUUUGGGAAAUAAGUCUUAAGAACUCAUUUAGGUUUCAAAACUCAAAUAAAGUCGUCGGUUUUGAGUUGCAGACGCUUUUUUUUUUUCUUACUAUAAUUUAUUUAUUUAUUUUUCCGCUUCCUGGAAUAAACCAUCCCCUUUAUCCCAUCCGGGUCGGCCACGAACCCGAGUGGGCGGUAAAACCCGAGCACUCGGGGCUCCGAAUAGAGCGCGAUGUUGGUAAUCCCCUUAUCCAGGAGCUCCGCCAGCAGCCGCUCCAUGACGGCCUUCCCGAGGCCGAUCCCCUGGUAGCUGGGGUCCACCACCACGUCCCAUAUGAUGGCGUUGAACACCCCGUCUCCGGUCGCCCUCGCGAACGCCACCGGCCGCCGCGUCUUCUCGUGCUCCACCCACAGCACCGCGUCGGUGUGGUCCAGGGCCAGCCGGAUCUUCUCCGGGUCGCGCCGGGGGAACCCGACGGCGGAGAAGACGGAGUUGAGGUGGUCCAGGUUGAGAUUCUCGGUGCUGCGGUGGAGUGUGAAGCCGCGGGAGGAGAGGGAAUCGUCGGGGAUAGAGUAGGCGGCGGCGGCGGCGGCGCGGCGGCCGGUGGGGCUCCUGAGGGGAGAAGGGGCAAUCGGGAUGCGAUUUGGCAAUAG